UCCUCUUCCUCCUCCUCCUCCUCCUCCUCCUCGCUCCAUCUUGUGCAUACAGGCUGUUUCCUCCCCCCUCUGUCUCUCAGUCUGCGUGCUGUAGCCCUGCUGUGCAGUCCUCUCAGCCCUCUGCUGUAUCACCGAAGAGAGGAGGAGCCACUGGCACACACGCUUACUCACACAGACACACACACACACACUCUCACAUCUCACAUCAUCUCUUCUUGCACGCUCACUGUAAGCACCAGCCAGCCAGCCAACCAGCCAGCCAGGCCCGUUUGGAGCAGGGGAGCCCAGCCGUCUCGUCGCCCAAGAUGGAUGUACUGAUGAAGGGGUUCUCUAUGGCCAAGGAGGGGGUGGUGGCCGCCGCAGAGAAGACCAAAGCUGGCAUGGAGGAGGCAGCAGCCAAGACCAAGGAAGGGGUGAUGUAUGUAGGCAGUAAGACAAAGGAGGGAGUUGUUUCAUCAGUAAACACAGUGGCCAACAGGACCGUGGAUCAGACCAACAUCGUUGGAGACACAGUGGUCGCCGGAGCCAACGAGGUGUCACAGGCGGGCGUGGAGGGGGUGGAGAACGUUGCCGCAUCGACCGGGCUGGUCAACCAGGGAGAAUAUGGGGGAAUGGAGCAGGGUGGGGAAGGAGGAGAGGGGUAUUAGUCGUCUUCACGACCUCCCUUCCCGUGCUCUCCAGUGGCCCCUUGCUCCCCUCGCCUCGCUGUACCAGACUCCAGAUGUUCAACAUAUUUUUUUGUGACUUUACAGUACCAAAAUCAACUAAAACAGACUCUUCCGGAUGCCGCACCUCAGCCUCCUAUCUCCCCCUCUGCCUCGUCACUCCGUGAUGCCUCCCCCACCCCGAGCAGCCACCUGUCCUCACCCCGUCUCCUCCCCUCUGGUUUUCUGCAGCCUGUAGCUUUUUCCUCCACUGCCCGCCUUACCCACGCCUCACCUGUGUGUUAGUGUCGUCCUGAUAUGAACCCUGGUGUUGUCACAGCCCCCCCACGCCUACCAACCUAUAAAGAAACCUCUCACACAAACACACACUUACACACAAUCAAAAAAAAAACCAACACACACCUUAAUUCCACACAUACAGUACAUACCGCAAAUGCCAGCACUGGCACACACACUGGGCAAACGUGUUAACUGUAGGUAUUUUUGGUGUGUAAAUGCAGUUACGCCUCACAACAAUAACAAUAACUCACUGAGUGACUGAGGCGGGGUAUGAGAGGGUGUGUGAUCUGCUGUUUGUGUGCCUGUGUGUCCAUGUUAGCUUAUAUAUGUGUGUGUGCAUGUGUAGCUGCUGGUGUAUAAAAUAAACCUCCAGAGGCUUGUGCAGGGAAUCGUGCAUUGAGGACAGAUAUUAUUCUGUUUUGUGUGCAGUAGUUAGUUAGUUAGCUACAGUAGACUGCAUGAACAGAUGUGUAGAAUGACUUGUUCAGUGUUGUGACUAUAGAGUAGCAGCUGUUCUGUGUAGCUUUGUAUGGCUUAGUGUGUGUUUGGCCUCGUCAUUUAGAAACAGGGUUAUUAACCAGGAAGCAAUACACAAUGCUCUUCUUUUUUUCUUUUUCUUUUUGACGUUAGAGCGGAAACUUGAACGUGAUGCAUGAGAAGUUGUUCCACAAGUCGUUAAAGUUGGCUAAAAUUGAAUCCGAUUUUGAUUCGUAAAUUCUGAUUGGUUCAUGGAUUUUCCUGACAUCCCUUUUCCCCCCAGUGUUGCUCAAACUCUGGCAGAAAAUAAUAUGUUCAUGCAUGCAGGACCCCAUCAUUUAUACUUUAGAAGCUGAAAAUGCUGCACAAUUACAAUUAGAAUAAUUCAGUUUUAUUAGCCAUAAAAAAACAUCUACAAUAUUUCCCUCAAUGUUAACCUCAAAUAUGUUCGUUUAAGAUUUCAGACUAGCUGAAAGGGACAGAAAUGUCAGACGAUUUUGUUCAAAUUUAGUUUGCUACUGACGGGGAAAUUAAAAGUGAAGUUUAGUUUUUAGUUACUGAAUUAGAGGAGGAAAUAUAAGCAGCUGAUACUGGUCACCUCUUGUUAUCGUGUAGUUGCUUUUUAGUCUUUGUGAAACUGCUUUGCAUGCCAUCAGGAGAGCAGCGUGGACAUUAUCUGUUUCUGUGACGAAAAAACUUUGAUUCAGUGAUGGAAUCAGUGGCGAAGAGGGCAGAACAAAGGUAUGGGUUUAAUUAUGGAUCAGCUUUAUGUGUUGUUCUGUGUACAGCUUGAAUUCUGGGAUGUGUAGUUGUUUUCAGGGUAAUUUUUAUUUCACACUAACUAGUCUGGCUGUUCUGAAGCUCCCGCCCAUCAACUGUCUCAGCCAAUCAGAGGAGUCCCUUCUCCUCUCAGGCAGUGUGAUGCCACCUUUCACAGCUCUUCCGCCCAGCAUCAGUGUGUGUGUCUCUAUGCACUGUAUGUGUGUAAAUAUAUAUAUAUAUAUAUAUAUAUAUAUAUAUAUAUAUAUGCGUGUGUGUGUGUGUGUGUUAACAUAGAACCGGUUCAGCCAGCAAAGUGUGUGUGUGUGUGUUUGUGUCUGGAGCAGGUUUGUGUGUUUUUACUUUGAGGCCAAUGGAAACUGAUGACUGCAUGUUGCCUUAUGAAGCAAUCUGACAUUCACACACACACACACAUAGACCAAACACAACACUACACUUGUACCAACACACACACACACACACACACAGCACACUCUAGAAAAACACACAAUCACAAAUCACACCAACACAAAUCACACACCAUGUUUAAGUUGGCAUCAAAGCAGACUCGCUGAUUUUAUAAACAGUACCAGUGAAAUUAAAAAGGUUUUGUUGAAAUCCAGCAAA